AUGCUUCUAAACAAGCAGCAGACCAGAGCGUGGAGGAGUCGGGCAGACCAGAGCGUGGAGGAGUCGGGCAUACCAGAGCGUGGAGGAGUCGGGCAUACCAGAGCGUGGAGGAGUCGGGCAGACCAGAGCGUGGAGGAGUCGGGCAUACCAGAGCGUGGAGGAGUCGGGCAUACCAGAGCGUGGAGGAGUCGGGCAGACCAGAGCGUGGAGGAGUCGGGCAUACCAGAGCGUGGAGGAGUCGGGCAUACCAGAGCGUGGAGGAGUCGGGCAUACCAGAGUGUGGAGGAGUCGGGCAUACCAGAGCGUGGAGGAGUCGGGCAGACCAGAGCGUGGAGGAGUCGGGCAUACCAGAGCGUGGAGGAGUCGGGCAUACCAGAGCGUGGAGGAGUCGGGCAGACCAGAGCGUGGAGGAGUCGGGCAUACCAGAGCGUGGAGGAGUCGGGCAUACCAGAGCGUGGAGGAGUCGGGCAUACCAGAGCGUGGAGGAGUCGGACAUACCAGAGCGUGGAGGAGUCGGGCAUACCAGAGCGUGGAGGAGUCGGGCAUACCAGAGCGUGGAGGAGUCGGGCAUACCAGAGCGUGGAGGAGUCGGGCAUACCAGAGCGUGGAGGAGUCGGGCAUACCAGAGCGUGGAGGAGUCGGGCAUACCAGAGCGUGGAGGAGUCGGGCAUACCAGAGCGUGGAGGAGUCGGGCAUACCAGAGCGUGGAGGAGUCGGGCAUACCAGAGCGUGGAGGAGUCGGGCAGCAGGCCGAAGAAGAUCCCUCCGGGGGCCAGCAGUGUUGCCACGUUCGCCAGGAACUGUGAAGCCGUAGGAGUCGAUGCGCGCAUUGACCCACAGCGGCGUGUCCUCCCCGCGGCCACAGAACAUCUCGCACACCUGCGGGCACACACACGCGCGCACAGAGGGGCGCACACAAUGCGCGGGCUCUACCGCCCCCCACCGCUCGCUGCCAGGGGGCAUGCUACUCUGUCAGCCGCUUUCCCCACCCUUCGCCCACCCAUCACCCACCCAUCGCCCACCCAUCGCCCAGCCAUGGUGCACCCCUCCCCUCCGAGGGGACAGGGCCGGGCGCGGAACGGGACGGGGCGGGCAGGGUGUGCGGCAGUGGCUGCUGUGCGCGCGGCGGCGGCGGCUGCUGUCUGCGUGGCGGCGGCUGCUGCGGGCGUGGCGGCGGCUGCUUCUCGUGUGCAUGCAGUGGCGCACCCGAUCGCGGCUGCUGCUGCUGUGGGACGAAAAAAAGGGGGAGGGGGGGGGAGGAGGAGGGAGGGAGCAGUGUGCGGCGGCCUAUGUGCGCGCGGGUGCGUGCAGGAGCUGCUGCGCGCGCGUUCGACUAGGACAGGGCGUGCUACGGGGCGUUACGGGGCGUUACGGGGCGUUACGGGGCGCGCUAAGGACGGAGCGCAUUACGAACGGGGCGAGGCGUAUUAA